CCAGCCGCCCAGCCGCAGAGCAGCCUCUCCCUCUCCGGUGAGAAGACACGGCGGCUCCUCUUUCUCCUCCGCCUCUUCCUCCAGCAACGCCACCACCACCAUGAGUACGUUCGGCUACGAGACCUACUUCCCGUCGUACAAGCGGCGCUUCGGCGAGAGCUCCUCCCGGGUGCACCUCUCCAGCGCCCGGAGCAGCGGCGGCGGCGGCGGGGGCUAUGGCGUGGCCCGCUCCACCUACUCCAGCCUCUCGGCGCCCGUCUCCUCCGUGUCGGUGCGCCGGAGCUACACCACCACCACCUCGUCCGCCUCCUCGCUCCUGCCGUCGGUGGAUAGCCUGGACCUCUCGCAAGUGGCGGCCAUCAGCAACGACCUGAAGACCAUCCGCAGCCAGGAGAAAGCCCAGCUCCAGGACCUCAACGACCGCUUCGCCUGCUUCAUCGAGCGGGUCCACGAGCUGGAGCAGCAGAACAAAGUGCUGGAAGCCGAGCUGCUGGUCCUGCGGCAGAAGCACUCGGAGCCGUCGCGCUUCCGCGCCCUGUACGAGCAGGAGAUCCGCGAGCUGCGCCUGGCCACCGAGGAAGCCACGCACGAGAAGCAGGCCCUGCAGGGCGAGCGGGAGAGCCUGGAGGAGACGCUGCGGGCCCUGCAGGCGCGCUACGAGGAGGAGAUCCUGAGCCGCGAGGAUGCCGAGGCCCGCCUCUUGGAGGUGCGCAAAAACGCCGACGAGGCGGCGCUGGCCCGGGCCGAGCUGGAGAAGCGCAUCGACAGCCUCCUGGACGAGCUGGCCUUCCUCAAGAAGGUCCACGAGGAAGAGCUGGCCGAGCUGCAGGCCCAGAUCCAGUACGCCCACCUCUCCGUCGAGAUGGACGUCUCGGCCAAGCCCGACCUCUCCUCGGCGCUGCGCGACAUCCGCGCCCAGUACGAGAAGCUGGCGGCGCGCAACAUGCAGAACGCCGAGGAGUGGUUCCGCAGCCGCUUCACCGUCCUCACCGAGAGCGCCGCCAAGAACACCGACGCCGUCCGCGCCGCCAAGGACGAGGUCUCCGAGAGCCGGCGCCUCCUCAAGGCCAAGACCCUCGAGAUCGAGGCCACCCGCGGCAUGAACGAGGCCCUCGAGAAGCAGCUCCAGGAGCUGGAGGAGAAGCAGAACGCCGACAUCGUCGCCCUCCAGGAUACGGUCAAUAAAUUGGAAAAUGAACUGAGAAACACAAAGAGUGAAAUGGCUAGGUAUCUGAAGGAAUAUCAAGAUCUUCUCAAUGUAAAAAUGGCCCUGGACAUUGAAAUUGCAGCCUACAGAAAACUACUCGAAGGUGAGGAGACUCGGCUCAGUUUCACCAGCGUUGGAAGCCUAAGUAGUAGUUAUACGCAGAGUGCAACGACUUUUGGGAGAUCAGCCUACAGUGGUCUACAGAGUGGUCCCUACCUAAUGUCAGCCCGUUCGUUCCCUUCCUACUACUCUAGCCAUGUGCAAGAAGAACAGAUAGAAGUGGAGGAGACUAUUGAAGCAUCCAAAGUAGAAGAAGCCAAAGAAGCUCCUCCAUCAGAAGGAGAGGAAGAAGAGGGUGAAGAAGAGGGAGAGGCUGAAGGAGAAGGAGAAGCAGGAGAAGAAGAAGGAGAGGGAGAGGGAGAGGGAGAAGAAGGAGAGGCAGAAGGAGAUGAAGCCAAGGAAGAAACAGAAGAAUCUAAAGAAGGGGAGGAAGAGGGAGAAGGGGAAGGAGAGGGAGAGGGAGAGGGAGAGGAGGAAGAGGGAGGAGAAGAAGAGGCUGGGGAGGAAGCAGGCGAAGGAGAGAAAAAAGAAGGUAAAGAUGAAAAAGAAGAAACUGGUGGAAAGGCAGCAUCCAAAGAGAAGAAGAAGGAUUAAACACAGCACCUGUUGUCCUGGUUUCCCUGGUCAUUUCCCUGACUGAGCUAAAAUUGCUAUAUCACGUAUUUCAGUCCCUAAAAUGUUCUUAGGUUUAAAGAAGUUAAAUUGUCUGGGUUUAUUUCCCCACCCACACCCCUUUCAAUGCAGAGUAACCCGAAUGCUUGCAGAGUGUCCCUCUAGCUGCUCCCAAACUCCGCAUGGUGUAUUCUUAUGAGUCCCAGCGCAAUGUGCAAUUUGGCUAAAUGCAGACCUUGUCGUCUGUGCAGGAACACCGAACAGGGGAAGGUGCUGGGGGAGGGAGGGGAAAAUAUGUAUAAGCAGGAUGCCACGUUAUUCUUGAAACCACGAAUGGUGAAAAUAAUGAAGUCUGUGCAAACAAGCUAGUCAAUAAAGUCACAGAGCUGCAUACACAA